AUGGGUUGCUGUGCCAUUGCUCCUGAGAGGAUCAGGUUUGGUAAGGGUGCGUUUCACUACAAAAGCAGCAAUGUAGUGACAGGUAAAAGAGUGGUCUCCAUAAGAUCCGAAGCCACAACAGACACUCCAGUGAAGAAAGCAGAGAAAGUGUCUAAGAAGAACGAGGAAGGUGUGAUUACUAACAGGUACAGACCAAAGGAGCCUUACACCGGAAAAGUCCUUCUCAACACCAAAAUCACAGCAGAUGAUGCUCCUGGAGAGACCUGGCACAUGCUUUUCAGCCACCAAGGAGAAAUCCCGUACAGAGAAGGGCAAUCUGUUGGUGUGAUUGCAGAUGGAACUGACAAAAAUGGGAAGCCUCACAAGGUCAGGCUUUACUCCAUUGCAAGCAGCGCUCUUGGAGAUCUCGGCAACUCCGAAACCGUCUCUUUGUGCGUGAAAAGGCUUGUCUAUACUAAUGACGCAGGAGAAGUUGUCAAAGGAGUUUGCUCAAAUUUCUUGUGUGACUUGAAACCUGGAAGUGAAGUUAAACUCACUGGUCCUGUAGGAAAAGAAAUGCUUAUGCCAAAGGACCCAAACGCCACAGUUAUUAUGCUUGCCACAGGGACAGGAAUCGCUCCUUUCCGGUCUUUCUUGUGGAAGAUGUUCUUCGAGAAGCACGAUGACUACAAGUUUAAUGGCUUAGCUUGGCUGUUCUUGGGAGUGCCAACCACUAGUUCAUUGCUCUACCAAGAGGCACACACACUCAAAAAAUUUCUUCUGAUUUCUUCUAGUUUCUCAAACCCAUCUAUUUCAAAAGAAAUCAAUCCUCUUUUUGUUGAGUUUGAUAGGAUGAAAGUGAAAGCUCCAGAGAAUUUCAGGGUUGAUUAUGCGAUAAGCAGAGAGCAAGCUAACGAGAAAGGAGAGAAAAUGUAUAUCCAGACCAGAAUGGCGCAAUACGCACCUGAGUUAUGGGAGUUGCUGAAGAAAGACAACACUUUUGUCUACAUGUGUGGGCUUAAGGGCAUGGAGAAAGGAAUCGAUGACAUUAUGGUCUCAUUGGCUGCUAAAGACGGUAUUGACUGGUUUGACUAUAAGAAGCAGUUGAAGAAGGCAGAGCAAUGGAACGUUGAAGUCUACUGA